AUGGAAUCGAAAGGGAUCGCACAUGACCUCUACACGCUUCUGCAGAUUUUGAAACUUGGGUAUGAGCCCUACAUAAUCGCAUUCUCUCCUUUGAUUAACGGAUUAUGUCUCGAGGGUCGAGCUUCCCAAGCUGUGGAGUUAGUUGAUCAAAGACUCUCUGAAUCAAUGGCUUUGAUAGAUCGAAUGAUGGAUAAUGUAUGUCAACCCAACGAAACUACUUAUGGUCCGGUUUUAAACAGAAUGUGUAAGUCAGGGAACACUGCCUUGGCCUUGGAUCUGAUCACAAAGAUGGAACAUAAAGAGGUCAUGCUCGAUGCUGCUAAAUACAGUAUCAUCAUUGACAGUGACGGGAGCCUCCAAGAUGCAUUCACCCUUAUCAGAGCACAUCUCCGAGGUGGUGACUUAGCCACAUCAGCUAAACUUAUUGAAGAAAUGAAGAGUUGUGGGUUCUCUGGCGAUGCUUCUACUGUUAAGAUGGUUAUGGAUAUGUUAUUGGAUGGUAGAAUGAAGAAAAGCUUUCUGGAUAUGCUUUCUUAG